UAAAAUAUAUGAUAAAAUAGUGAUAAAUAUAAAAAUAAUUGAUUAUUUUUAUGUGGCAUGUUUUUAUCAGAAUGAUUCAUUACGAAUGUAGACAAGGUUUAUAUCCAUCUAGCAAUAUAAAACGUUUCGAAGUACCAGAAAAUAAAGUAGCAUGGAAUGUCGAAUUCCCAGAAUACAAACCAGUUGAAUACACCGCUGCACUUGUUAAAGGAAAACCAUGGGCAGAUCCAGAAAUUGGAGAAAUUUCAUUUAAACCCAAAUGGAAUUCUAUUGAUGGAAAAGUGAAUCGUAAAAGUUAUAUAAAUGAUUAUGAUAUAAAUAAAAAUGGUUAUCCUUUAAAUCCUAUUGGUCGUACUGGUAUUUUUGGACGUGGUCUUUUAGGACGAUGGGGACCAAAUCAUGCAGUAGAUCCAAUUGUAACACGUUGGAAAUCAAAUGUUUCAGGAAGUACAGAAAUAAACAAAGAUACAAAAAAACCAAUUUUGCAGUUAGUUGCCAUACAAAGACAAGAUUCUGGAAAAUGGGCUAUUCCUGGUGGGAUGAUUGACCCAGGUGAGACAGUUUCAACAACUUUAAAAAGAGAAUUCAUGGAAGAAGCUUUGAGUUACUUAGAAAAAAGUCAAGCAGAAAAAGAAGAAUUAGAAAAAUGUAUCAGAAAAUUAUUUGAAAAAGGAGAAGAAAUUUUUAAAGGAUAUGUAGAUGAUCCUAGAAAUACAGAUAAUGCUUGGAUAGAAACUGUAGCUGUAAAUUUUCAUGAUGAUGAUAAUAGUCUUUUUAAAAACAUAACACUAAAAGCUGGUGAUGAUGCACGCAAUGUAAAAUGGGUAGACAUUGAUAAAAAUCUAAAAUUAUAUGCGAGUCAUAGUGAGUUUAUUAAAAAAACAGUGUUAAAACAUAAUGCACAUUGGUAAAAAUUCUGAAAUUUUAAAUAAAAAUAAUAUAUGAUUACUUAGUAAAAUUUUAUUCUUUUAUUGAA